UCAGUUGAAUUAUCUUUUAGCGUCAACGGUGAAACCCAAGGCGUAGCAUUCAAUCUGCCCCGAGAUGAAUUGUAUGACCAAGUACUAUUCCCCCACAUCUUGACCAGAAAUUGUCGAUUUGAGGUUAAUUUUGGCCAAAAAGAAGAACCUUGGUUCCCACCGAUGGAAGGCUACGAGUGGGCUAACGAAAUUCCAGUCGAUAAACGUAUACGAGGACCUUAUAGACCUGAUACUUGGGCUGAUUGUCAGAUGAUAGUAAUGUGUGGUCUACCCUAUGCCGGGAAAACAACUUGGGCCAACAAAUUCUCUGAGGAAAAUCCCGAUCAAAAGUUCAAUAUUUUGGGAACAAAUGCUUUUUUGGAAAAAAUGAAGCUAAAUGGACGCUACCCUGGAAGUUUGCCAAAUUUGAACAAAAAGUGCAAACACUGCCUGAAUACUUUGCUCGAAAUUGCUGCCAAACAGCGUAGGAACUAUAUCCUUGAUCAGACUAACGUCAACCCUUCAACAAGGAAAAGAAUAAUGUCUAAUUUUUCUGAAUUGAAACGCAAAGCAGUUGUAAUUGUUCCAACAGAAGAAGACGCGAAAGUGCGUGAAAAGAAAAAAAUUCAUGAAGAGGGUAAAUUUGAGCAUGACUCUGCCAUCUUACUAUUGAAAAAAUAUUUCAUUAUUCCAACAAUCGACGACACGUUUUCCGAAGUUGAAUUUCCUGAAUUGGCAUUGGAAGAGGCACUUAAAGUCAUUGAAAAAUACAAAUCCGAAUUAAAGGAUAAUGGAUACCGUCCGCUGAUAACGAAAAAAACAUCUCAAAACCAAGCAAGCGACAUUGAAAUAGAUCACCAAAUUAGCAAUCACAUUAACGACCGUUGCACGCGUCUGCGUAAGGAAGAGAGGCCUAGCGCCAAGGAUUUAUUGAACGACACCGAGUUCUUUGCCGAAGAAAUGGGUCUGAAGGUGGAAGUAGUGUCGCGCGACGAGGCGGUGGCCAGCACCAGCGAAAGUGUCCAAUUCCGGUUACGCGUCCUCGAUCCAAAGAAAAGGCGCGAUAAGCACAAGGAGAACGAAGCCAUCCAGUUCGAGUUCAACGUAGUGACGGACGAUGCCGACAAACUUGCCCAGGAUAUGCAUUCGGACGGCACUCUCAUGGAGGAGGAUGUCAAGGUGCUGGCAAAGUUACUCAGAAGUCAAGUCCAGCUGUUGGUUAAAGAACGUGACGAACGCGAGGAGAUCAGACGUCAGAAUCAGCCGCCUCCUGCUCCCCAACGGCAGCAGCAGCCUGCAACUGUUGUUGUACAACAGCCUCCUCCUCAAGUGGUACAACCAGUCAUACAGCAAGUUGUCCAGCAGCCUAUUCAGCAACCUAUCGAGCAGGUUAUCCAUAGUGGAACCGAUCAAGUUGAUAUUGAAUUUCUCGGAGUAUUUUUAGAAACAGAGUCAUUGGAAGAAAAUUCAGAAGACGCGACUGGCAGAGGAAGCAAAAGGCCAAGAAGCAGUCCUGCUAAUCAAAAAAAAGUGGCAGAAGAUGAGCCCGAAAUUGAUGGAAGUCUGGUCGUGCUAGACACAUAUAAUUCAGAUUUGAACUUGAUCAUAGACGCCAAAGAUUUCGUUAGUGGCGCUCCGCUAACUGAUGUUGGAUUUGCUUACAUGUACAAAUAA